GUUAAAAUGCGAUGUUACUAUGAUGUGUUGGAAGUUGAGCGUACUGCUAAUGAUGAAAUGAUUAGGAGGUCUUAUCGUAAGUUGGCUUUGAAAUGGCAUCCUGACAAGAAUCCAUCAAAUGUCGAGGAAUGUACCAGGUAUUUUUCACUCAUACAACAAGCGUACGAUGUUCUAAGUAAUAAGAAGGAAAGAGUUUGGUAUGAUCGACACAGAGAAAGUAUCCUCAAAGGAGCUGGUGUUGAAAAUUUUGAAACCAAUACUCUCAAUUUAUUCCCAUAUUUUACGUCGAGUUGUUAUUCUGAGUACGGUACUGAUGAUAAAAGCUUUUACGUGGUAUAUAAAAAAUUGUUUGAAGCUUUGGCAUCAGAAGAAUAUGAAUUUUUGGAUAGGAAGAUUGUAUAUCCUAAUUUUGGUGAUCAUCAAAGCAGUUACGAAGACGUAGUUCAACCCUUUUAUGCUUUCUGGAGCUGCUUUCAUACUGUUCGUUCAUAUACAUGGAUAGAUAAGUUUGACAUACGCAAUGCUCCAAAUCGACGUUGCGCUAGAGCGAUGGAAAAUGAAAAUAAGAAAUUGAGAGAAGCAAGCAAGCGUAAAAGAAAUGAAGAAAUUCAGGCAUUGGUUGCUUUCGUGCGAAGACGAGAUCCACGAGUCCAUGCACAUAUUGAAAUACUCAAAACGAAGCAGACAGAGGCACAAAGAAAAGCAGAGGAAAAAAGGAAGCAAGGGAUUUUAGAACAAUUAAGUAAAGCCGAUGAAUAUAAGGAGUUGCAAGAGGUACAAGAGUUAUAUUUGGAACAUUUAUGUGAAAUUGAAGAAAUGCUCGAUGCUGAUUUUGGAUAUAAUAGUGAUGACAAUGUAGUGGAAGGUGACAAAAGCUCAAAUUUCUAUUGCACAUUUUGCGAAAAGACAUUCAAAUCAUUAGAAGCAUUUCGAAAUCACGAGCAAUCGAAAAAGCAUAAAAAUAUAGUUCUUUUACUGAAGAAACAUGUCCAGGAGUGUGACUUAAAUUUGUUAAUCAGCCAGGAAAGCGACCAUGUUGAUGUGAAAGAGAGAGAUUUUCAAAGCGCAUGUAGUAGUGAAAAACGGUGUUAUGGAAAGAAAGAGAAAAAACUGGAAAAUCCAUGCUACGAUUUGUGUAAUGAUGAAUGCGAUAAUAAUUUAAAUGAGACAAACAUAUUUAUGAUUUCGAACAAAAAUUUGCGAACAUCGCAGUUUAUCAAAGAAAGUGGAAGAACAAAUGAAAAGAAUGGAAUGACAAAUAUAAAGCCAAAAGUUGACUCAUGUGAUCGCUGUGGUGAAUUUUUCGAAUCAAGAGCAAAAUUAUUUGCUCAUUUGAAACAAUCUGGACAUACUACUUAA